AUGAAAAAUUCAACAAUGAUUAAUGAGAACUAUGCAUUGCAAAUCAAUCGAUGGUGUCUUGAAUCACUGGGAAUAUGGCAAUUUGUAAUGAAAUCGUCUUACUUUGCAAAAAUAACGGCUGUUUUUUUGAUUAUUAUUUGUACAUUUUUAUUAGGAUUUAUCAUAAUUCCGGGUAUACUAUUCGCAUUUGUUCUAAUUAAAGAUCCUGCGAUAAGACUUCAGGUUUCUGGAGUUUUAAGUUUUUGUGUUAUGGGAAUUAUGAAGUAUUAUUAUUUAAAUUUAAAAAAAGGGCAAAUCAGUGACUGUAUAAAUCAUUUAAUUUCUGAUUGGAAGAAGAUUAGUAAUUAUGAUGACAAAAUGAUAAUGAUAAGCUAUGCCAAAUUUGGCCGUUAUAGUUCUAUAUUGAGUGCCAUAUUUAUGUACGCAAGUAGCGUAUUUUACGCUGGAAUAUUACCUUUUAUGUCACCAGGGAUGAAAAAUGAGGAUAACAUUACAAUGAGAAAUUUAGCUUAUCCUUGUCACUUUAUAAUUUUUGAUGAACAUGAAAGCCCAGCUUAUGAAAUUGUUUUCUUUAUUCAGUGCUGCUGUUCUUUUGUGAUGGCAUCAAUAACGAAUGGUGCCUGCAACUUAGCUACAGUAUUUAUAAUGCAUGCUUGUGGCCAGUUAGAGAUUUUAACUUCAUGGUUAAAUAAUACCAGAAAUAAUGAUAGAAAAAGUAAAGAUAUGUACUCAAAAUAUUCUGCCGUUAUUGAACAGCAUGCGACAACUUUGAGAUUCAUUAAUAAAGUUGAAAAAUUAUUUCAACAAAUUUGUUUUGUUGAGGUUGUUGGGUGUACUUUAAAUAUUUGUUUGUUAGGAUAUUAUACGCUAAUUGGGUGGAGUCAAAACGAUACAGGUGGGGUAGUAACAUAUCUUCUGCUAUUAACAUCGUUUGUUUAUAACAUUUUUUUAUAUUGUUAUAUGGGUGAAAUGCUUACGCAAAAGUGCCAGGGUGUAAGUAAUGUGGUAUAUUUGACUGAUUGGUAUGAUUUACCUGUAAAGCUAGCUCGAGGAUUCAUUUUAUCAAUUGUCAUAGCUCAAAAUUAUGAGCCUUUGAAAGCUGGAAAAUUGAUAUUCCUGUCUAUAAACACUUUUGGUACGGUAAUUCGCACGUCAGUGGCCUAUCUUAAUAUUUUACGAACAUUUAUGGCAUAA